UAGUUCGGAUGCCAAAAGUCUUUCCUUAGUUAGCAGAGACGGAAAGAAGAAUCCGGGGUAGUCUGGAAGAAACGGCAUGUAGUUUUACACAAAGCGUGUUACUUACAGUUUUAUUGCUCACAGUUUCUCUGCUCUGCUUCUUCACCUGGAAACUGCUUUCAGCGUCUAGCCGACUUCAUGUUCCUUCGCGGGUCAAAAAAGCGACGGUCCAACCGCUCGCAGGAGGAAGAGGAUCCAGACAGAGGCCAGCCCUGUAUGCGCUGCGGAGACCAGUGCCCUGGCUUCCGUGUCCAUGGCUGGAGGAAAAUCUGUGUACACUGCAAGUGUGUGCGAGAGGAGCAUGCUGUGCGCCCGGUGCCAGGGCAGCUGGAAAAGAUGAUGACAAAGCUAGUAUCUGAUUUCCAGAGACACUCCAUCUCUGAUGACGACUCAGGCUGUGCCUCCGAGGAGUAUGCAUGGGUUCCACCUGGUCUCAAGCCUGAACAGGUUUACCAGUAUUUUAGCUGCUUACCAGAGGACAGGGUGCCUUAUGUGAACAGUGCAGGAGAGAGAUACCGAAUCAAACAGCUGCUGCACCAGCUUCCAGCCCACGACAGUGAGCCGCAGUACUGCAACUCUCUGGAUGAAGAGGAGAAAAAGGAGCUGCGUCUGUUCAGUCAGCAGAGAAAAAGAGAAAACUUGGGCAGAGGUGUCGUAAGACUUUUCCCAGUAACUAUGACUGGAGCAAUCUGCCAGCAGUGUGGCAGACAGAUCUGCGGGGGAGAUAUAGCCGUGUUUGCCAGUCGGGCGGGACACGGCAGCUGUUGGCAUCCUCAGUGUUUCCAGUGUGCCUCCUGCAGCGAGCUGCUGGUCGAUCUAAUCUACUUCUACCAGGACGGACAGAUCUACUGCGGCCGGCACCAUGCUGAGAGGCUCAAGCCCCGCUGCCAGGCCUGUGAUGAGAUCAUUCUAGCAGAUGAAUGUACAGAGGCUGAAGGAAGAUACUGGCACAUGAAGCACUUCUGCUGUUUUGAAUGCGAGGCUGCUCUGGGCGGCCAGCGUUACAUCAUGAGAGAGAGUCGACCAUACUGCUGCUCCUGCUACGAGUCUCUGUACGCAGAGUACUGUGAUAACUGCGGGGAACACAUAGGUAUCGACCAGGGCCAGAUGACGUAUGAGGGUCAGCACUGGCACGCUGUGGACUCGUGUUUCUGCUGCGCUCGCUGUCAGCUACCUCUGCUGGGGCGUCCCUUCCUACCCCGCAGGGGGCUUAUCUUCUGCUCCAGGUCCUGCUCACUGGGAGAGGACCCCAAUAACUCGGAUUCCUGCGACUCUGCUCUGCAGACCAGAUCGCCUCACCAUAAUAGACGAUGUGGGACAGCAGAGAAACACCACAAGCUUCAAUGUGGUUCUCCACUGCAGCCACUAGAGGGCAUCAACCCCACUUUAACGCCCGCAAAAGAGUGCAUUCAUACUGCAGUGGAAAACAGAGGGGUCCACUGCACUGCUCCAGUUCAAAAUGGAGUGCCUUCAUCCAGUCAUCAUCCUCGUCAAAGAGGCUCCUACUCGCCUCUUCCACAUAUUCAUUUAGGGAAUGGCUUAGGUCCGUCUUGGCCCAGUGACCUUCCACAUUACAGUUUACUGCCAGGGGAUUGCAGUAUCAAACUUCCAGGCAGUGGUCCCCAGCCACAAGGGGAGCUAAAUGGAAGUACUGGACUAACUGGUCUUAAUUCAAGGGGAACGUCUACUGAAAUAGACUGUAGGACUUGGGUGGAAAAAACAAAUAAAGUUAUGCAAGCAAAUCCUCCUCAGAAAAACUCUCAUGUGAACCAACUCAUUUCACCUGACUCACCUCCUCUUCCUCCAGACAACCCCUCCAUCCUCCCACCUCCCCUGCCCGUUAAGUCUCGUGACUUGAUGCCCCGAGAUUCACCCUCGCCGAACCUCCCCACCCCAGAGGACAGACCCUCUGACUCUCCACCCCCGCUGACUCGUAGCAGCACAGCUAGAGUCAGCUUCAGAGAGCCAAUCAGCAGCAGCUACUCUGUGGAUGAGGAUGAAGAUGACGAUGAGAAUGAGAAUGAGGAGGGGCUGCAAGAGGCUGAGGAGAACCAGGAAGAUGAAGAUAAGGGGGAAGGAGGUUUUGGAAACAGGUUGCAUCUACAGAAAGGUAUCUCCCCGCACAUGGAUCUGCUGGACGGAUCCUCGUACCAGCAGCGCCAUAUGAGACGAGGUUGGGGUCGUUGCCACGUCCCUUCAGACCCCGCUCUACACCCGGGGUCAGAGAGGCGCUCUCGGCGUCCGCGACCAGACAGGCCCAGGCUGGACUCCCUGGACUGGAGGGGCGAGAAAGACAGAGAGAGCCGAGGCUCCUCCGGCGCCUCCUCUCUUACUCUCCAGCCGGGCCAGUACAAACACGAGGACUCCUGUUCUACCUGCUCUUCAUCCUCAGACUCAGAGGAAGAGGGCUACUUCCUGGGACAGCCCAUUCCUCUGCCCCCACAACUUCGAAAGCAGCAAUCUGAGGACGGGAAAGACAGGGGAGGAGAAGAGGGGAAGGAGCUGCAGAGGGACUUUGGCCUGAGGGGCAGCAUAAGGCGGAGAAGAGCUCACAGCCUGGGUGCAAAGGACAAAGAUAAAAACUGUGCUAUCUCCUAACCGCAAACCGCUAGCCACAUAAAAACACAGCAGACUUUUUUUUUUUUUUUAAAUUAUGGUGCACAAGAAACACUAAUGACCAUCAUCACGCUGGUGUUUAUCAGGUUGAUGACAGUGACAUAAUGUCAGAUCUAAAACAUAUGUUUUGACUUUUCCAAAGGUGAACCACAGCCAUUGUUCCUGACUUAGCAAAGGGAAGCAAAAUAAACCUCAGAGAGGCCUCCUGCUCAUGAUGCUGUCGUCUCACUUUAAGGUGUUCCAGUGUGGAAAAUGAUGUGCUCGGUGUAUGACUCGUGAGCAGUGAUGAAUGUGGAGUCAUUAUUUGUUAUGAAGACUCACACCUUUGUAAGUUUGAACUAAACUGUUUGACAUUACCAUAACAAACAGUAACACAUGUAACCUGGGGCCCGUUUCACAUAGAUAGGCAGUCACUGUAGUUUAAAUGUGCCUAAUUCAGACAGCAUAAAUUCUUUCAUGUGCAAGGAUAUCACAGUAGGGCUAAUGUGUUGCGUAUGUAUAUAUAGAUUAAUUUCAAAUGAAAAACAUGCAUGUAUCUGAGGAGCCAUCUACCUGCAGAAAGUGUUUUCUGGAAAAAAUAGAAGAUAAAAAGGACAUUUACUAUGCAGACAACACACAAGUCAAGCUCAGGAUAAAAGCAUCAUCUCAAGGUGUUUUCUAUUGUAAAGACCCCACAAUAAUAGAGAGAGCUAACCCCAGUAGAUUCCCCUGUGAGCAGGCACUUGACAACAGUGAGGAGGACGAAACCUCCAGGAGAACCAGGAUCAGGGUGGAGCAGCUAUCUGCCUCAACCAGUUUGAGGUGUGAGAGGAAAGAAGAGUGUAGAGAGAUGAGGAACAACAAACAGUAGAAAACACAAACAGAGCAUAGUUAAAAAUUAAUGGCAUGCAAUAAUGGCUUCUAAACUCAUGAGGAAUGAAGGAGGGAGUGAAAAACCACUGAUAAUAUCAUGGAAAGUACCUGAGGAAAGGUUCAGGGUUAUUAACGUAACUAUAAAUGUAGAGAGGGCGUCUGUCUCCUGAACCCAAGCUGGGAGCUGGUUUCACAGGUCAAGGGGGGGUGACAACUGAAGGCUCUGCCUCCCAUUCUACUUUUGGAAACUCUGAUGAUGUCGUUAAGAUGUGAUGGAGCCUGAUCACUCAUGUCUGCGGAGACAGAUUUUAAGAUCAGAUCUGAAUUUUACAGAGAAGAUAAAGAAGAGCGAAAGAGAGAAAUGCAAUCUCUCCUUCUAUUCCAUUUUAGUACUCCCUUAUGCAACUUUCCACCCCCCCCACCCCCCACUUAUCAUGGGCCAUCUUGUCCUUCCUGUUGUGAAGAAUAGGGUAUAAUCACAAACACGGAAAGCCCUCCUGCCCUCCUGAGGAAAUAUUUUACGCCCCCUUUUUGUUAGUUGGCACCACUCUACAUCAAGCGUCGUUACUGUUGUCCCAGACUGAGUUAGUCUGGAGUUCGCAGGGUUAAAAAUUUAGAUUUAAAUUAACUGGCUUAAUCAAACUGGCUUAAGAGCAAAGUUAAGAUUGCAGACCAGUCAAAAAUAUCUCUGAGAAACCGGCUCCAGCACAUUCCUCCUUCACAUUUUGUAAAAAGAAUAUAUUUUUGUGUCUAACUUUACUGUAACAACUUUUCUGUGCUCUUACGUGCAAUCGCUAUGUGGCUGUAAUAUAUUACAGUUAUAGAUACUGAAUGGCCAAAUAGUGUUGGGGUGAAGUUUGAUGACUUCAGCAAACUGUGGUUGUUUCACACUUUGUGUGAAUAUUAGAGAUCAGUUUUCUUUUUCUUUUUUGUAUAGUUCAAAUGAAAUACUGCAAACUCUGUAAACAUUCUUCAAGUCUGUAAUCAUUCGUGACUUAAAGGUUGUUUAUUUCUAUAUACUUGGUGUAGGUCACUGUUAUUGCUGGUCUGAUUUGGGGUAAAAGCAAGAAGCUGUAAUACACUUAUGUUUCUCUGACUGUAUGGUGUAUAUAUGAGUAAAUGCGCCUAACUUGUUUAUCUA